AUGGAUAAAGAAACUAGCCAAGAAAGCCCAUCUCUUCUCCCUAACAAUACCACAACCGUCAAGGAAGAAUCUCCAAGAAAACUACUUGGAGGAAUUGGUGCUGCUGGUGCUGUUGUUACUGGCACUGGUGGUGGUGGUGGCAGCGGCGGUGACAGAUUAAAAAGAGAUGAGUGGAGUGAAGGAGCUGUUUCAACCUUACUUGAGGCCUAUGAAAGUAAAUGGAUACUUAGAAACCGAGCCAAGCUUAAAGGGCAUGACUGGGAAGAUGUUGCACGCCAUGUAUCGUCGCGUGCAAAUUGUACCAAGUCUCCGAAGACACAAACACAAUGCAAGAACAAGAUUGAGUCCAUGAAGAAAAGGUAUAGAUCAGAAUCUGCCACUGCAGAUGCCUCCUCUUGGCCUCUUUAUCCACGACUUGAUCUUUUGUUACGUGGAAAUAGUACUCAACCACCACAAAUACUACCACAACAACAUCAACAACCAUCAAUUCCAGCUUCUGCUAAUCCUCCUUUGAUGUUGUUAAUGGAGCCUCCCUUGGCGGUGCCACAACCGCCACAACCACCUAUGGCUCCUCCUCCUCCUCCUCAAGUUAUUGUGACUACUGCUCAAAACUCACAUGGGUCUAAUGGCGUUGAUAGGGGGGCAAAGGAAGAUGGAGUGGAGACCAAACUAUCAGAUCAUGUCUCAGACAAGAAUGCCAUGGACACGGAUAGCAGCACUCCGGCCUUGUAUAGUGACAAGGAGAAAUUAAGGUCCAAGAAACUGAAGAUGAAAAUGGAAAAAAGAAAGAGGAGAAAAAGAGAAGAAUGGGAGAUGUCUGAUAGCAUCCGGUGGCUAGCAGAAGUAAUGGUAAGGUCAGAACAAGCAAGAAUGGACACCAUGAGAGAACUAGAGAAAAUGAGAAUAGAAGCUGAGGCUAAAAGAGGUGAAAUGGACCUGAAAAGAACUGAGAUCAUAGCCAAUACUCAAUUGGAGAUUGCCAAGCUCUUUGCUGGUGUUGGUAAAGGAGUUGAUUCUUCCUUGAGAAUUGGAAGAAAUUGA